AUGUCACUACUCAGUGCUGUGCGGCUUGCUGCCUACUGCUCGCCAGGAGCUGUGUCUCGUCGUAGCCUUCAGUUUAUCAGAACAACACCGAACAGCUUCACACACAAUGCCAUCUCUCGGUCACCCAAAACAUCAUGCAUCCGGCUUUACGCCUCAAAGUCUAAGGCGAAAUCAACUGCAGACUUGGUCCCGGGAUCUAAACAAGCUCUUACUUCUGAGGCCGCUCGUUUGGAAUAUGGAAAAUCUGAGGCCAAGAUGAGUGCCGCUGUCGAGUGGUACCGCAAAGAGGUAGCUAGUCUAGAGACUCGUGCAAGUGGUCGUGUCACCCCAGCCCUUCUCUCGCCAGUACGCGUGGAACUUCCAGGAAAAGGAAAGGACCUCUUGAAACUCGAGGAAUUAGCCACUGUUGGCGUUCGAGAUGGUUCGACCUUGAUUAUCACGGUGUUUGAGGAACAUAAUUUGAAAGCAGUAGAACAAGCCUUAUAUGCCGCAAAGCUACCAAACAUAGUUCCUCAGAGACAGGACUCCAGGACAAUCAAGAUUCCUAUACCUAGGCCAACAGUUGAAGCCCGAAAUGCGCUAACUACCACUGCUCAGCGAAUGGCAGAGGAUACCCGGGUACAACUUCGAAAAAUACAGCAGGCCAGUGUCAAAAAAGGCGACUAUAAAAAGCACUCGGUUGAACUCGAAGAAUUUCAGAAGCUCGCAGAUAGGAACACUGCCGAAAUAGACAAGAUUCUUGCACAUAUGAAGAAAUCAACUGGGGCCCGGUAGGGUGUCCCUCCUGGGAGGAUCCAGAGUCGUACCCUGACAACGUGUCAGGCCUCACUGUCCGUAUCUGUCAUUAUCGAUGAUUGUACUAAUUAAAGAUUCAUGAUACAUGCCAGCCUUCCACAUACGAUGGAAUUUUUCAACAUUACAAGUGAAACCGGAAGAGUCGACAGUAAGAAUGUCGACGGCAGCC